UGCUCACAAAGUUGGUCUAACAAAGACGAAAUUCAACGAAUUAAAAAACGAAUUGCGUGAGCAUUCAACCUAUUCACCAUAUUUGGCUUCCAGCGACUACUACCUCUUCAGAAACCUGAAACAAUUCCUUCGCGGAAAGCGUUUUUCUUCAAAAGAAGAAGCUAUUACAGCCGUAGACGGGUAUUUUGCAGAGCUUGCGGCAAGUCAUUAUAGGAAGAGCAUAAAACUAUUGGAGUAUCACUGGAGCCCUUAUCACUACCACAAUGAUAUUCUCCAAACAACCUUUUCUAAGGAGCAUUUAGAUACACAGGUGAAAUUAGAUGACUUGCACAGAUUAACUACACGCAACAGUAUUAUCUUGAGGUCGAAUUUUAUCAACAAAAAAUAUCUCUUUAAUAGUUUAAGAAAUGUAUAUAUUACUCUGAUGGAAUUACAAUUUUACCAUGCCUUUUUGAAUUGUUUGGUCUGGUACAAAACCUGUAUAUAGUUACAUACAAAAGUGUGUAUGAAAACAAAAAAUUGUUUUGCAAGAAUGACGCGCAAAUGCCAAGCCGGUAAACCCGCAGCCACGAGCCAGUUGCGUGGCCGAUAUCGAUGCCGGUACCAAAUGUUGUUAGCGUUUGGUCCAAUAUGAACAUAAAAACCAACAUGCAUAAUCACAUACAUACAUACAUAUGUAUGGAUGCAGGUAUACCAGAACUCAAUUCAUAGUGCACAUAUAGACUACUCUACUUUCAUAUUUAUAUACCUACUUAUAGGUAUGCUGGCUGCAUGAAUUAGCGCUUGUAUGUGUACGAAUGUGUAGAAACUUGCAAGCCACGCGCUAUCCCAAUUUAUUGACGGGGGUGCUCACUUGGCCCCACCAACAGCGUUGGAGCAUUGCUUUCUUCGUAAUUCUAUCGACACACACUACCACACAUGCAACUGCUAUAUGGUGGUGGCUAUACGUCGACUUUGGAGAACAAGCAAACGCCGGCUGGUAUUCAACAUAAAUAGGAGCGCAUGGUGUCGUGAGAGUUCAUUGGUUGAAAAACUGCCAAACUGAGCUGAGCUGUGAGUGAAAAGUAAAUUUCAACGCUACCGCAACAAUAAAAACUAAACAUUUUUCAAAGUAAAGAUACACACAUACUACAUACUUAUAUGCAUAAUAAUACUAUUGCAUAAAAGAAGACAAGUGAAGACGUAAACUCUUUAAGCAAUUUGUGAAAAUAUUCAAUACAAUUUACAUAUUUAAAAUUUUUAAAGACUGUAAAACCACCGCAAUUUAAAAAACACAAAAACACAGAAUAUAUAAAAAUACAAGUAAUAUAGACUAAAGAAGCGAAUUUCAUUAACUGCAAUAAUUCAAUAAAAAUCAAUAACACAAUACAAUAUGAAAUCGGACACUGCUACCUUGGAAGUCAUUUCGCCAAAAGUGCAAAUCAGUGAGAACUACAUCGAGACCGAUUACGAGUACCAGACGUCGCAUGUAAAACGUAGUGCCAAUGGCAAAAUUCAGGUACACCCUGAGACAGCCGCGCUUAAGAUCCGCACCGAUCGUCGUGUGCCGAAAUUGGGUUUAAUGCUCGUUGGCUGGGGUGGAAAUAAUGGUUCCACACUAACAGCCGCCUUGGAGGCUAAUCGUCGUCAAUUGCAAUGGCGUAAACGUACUGGCGUACAAAAGGCCAAUUGGUUUGGUUCCAUUACACAAGCAUCGACUGUACUAAUUGGCUCCGAUGAAGAUGGCAAGGAUGUGCAUUUGCCAAUGAAGGAUCUCGUACCCAUGGUUAAUCCCGAUGAUAUUGUCGUUGAUGGUUGGGACAUUAGUUCGGCAAAUAUUGGCGAUGCUAUGCAACGUGCGCAAGUAUUAGAUGUGGAGCUGCAAGAUCAACUGCACAAGCAUUUGUCGACGCUCCAGCCGCGUCCAUCAAUUUACGAUCCCGAUUUUAUUGCGGCCAAUCAGUUGGAUCGCGCCGAUAAUCUCAUUAAGGGCACUAAAUUUGAACAAUACGAACAGUUGCGUCGUGAUAUACGCGAUUUUAAACAGAAGUCCGGUGUCGAUACGGUACUCGUAUUGUGGACUGCGAAUACGGAACGUUUCUCAGCUGUAAAAGAGGGGCUGAAUUCCACCAUGGCUGAGUUGGAGGCAUCGUUGAAGGCAAAUAAGACAGAGAUAUCGCCAUCGACAAUUUUCGCUAUGGCCAGCAUUGAUGAAGGUUGUACUUAUAUCAAUGGCUCGCCGCAAAACACUUUUGUACCUGGUUUAGUUGAAUUGGCCGAACAUAAGGGAGUCUUCAUUGCCGGUGACGAUUUCAAAUCGGGACAAACCAAAUUAAAGUCGGUGUUGGUGGACUUUUUGGUGGGUGCAGGCAUUAAGCCAGUAUCCAUUGUGAGCUACAACCAUUUGGGUAAUAAUGAUGGCAAAAACUUGUCGGCACCGCAGCAAUUCCGCUCUAAGGAGAUUUCCAAAAGCAACGUGGUCGACGAUAUGGUCGAAUCCAACGAUGUGCUCUACAAACCCAAUGAGCAUCCCGAUCAUGUGGUGGUCAUUAAGUAUGUACCCUAUGUGGGCGACAGCAAGCGCGCUAUGGAUGAGUACACCUCGGAAAUUAUGAUGGGCGGUCAUAAUACGCUCGUCAUACACAAUACCUGUGAGGAUUCACUACUUGCCUCACCGCUCAUACUUGACUUGGUUAUCCUCGGCGAAUUAUGCUCACGCAUACACAUCAAAAGCAAUGAGCGUGCGGACGCACCUUGGGUGUCCUUUAAACCGGUCCUCUCGCUGCUCAGCUACCUAUGCAAGGCGCCGUUGGUGCCACGUGGCACACAAGUGGUGAAUUCACUAUUUCGCCAACGUUCGGCUAUUGAGAAUAUCUUACGCGGCUGCAUUGGUCUGCCACCCAAUUCACACAUGAUGUUGGAGCAACGUUUUGAUUUUGCGUCGAUUAGCAAUGAGCCGCCAACCAAGAAAUUGAAGAGCGUGUCGAAUGGUUGUGCCACUGAAUUGAAUGCUAAAUCUGUCAAAGUGUCAUCUAAUGGUCACUAUGCCAACGGUAACGCGAAUGGUCACACGAAUGGUCUCACACAUUAGGCGCUAAUUUGCUGGAGGCGCUCAAGAAAACCAAUGUUUUAAGGGGAAGACUAAAUUAUGCGGCGUUGUUGUUGGUAGUGCAUAGGAAAACUAUUUAGUUGAUAGUAAAUAAAAAUUAAAUCGGUUUGAGACAUUCCCUAUACAUUAUCCCACCCUUGACGCAUAUUUAUUUGAUAACUUUGCCUCCCGCUCAUUUUUGAAGGCGCUUUUGUAGCAAUUUACACAAUAAUAUAGUUCUAUGUAGUUUAUAGCGCACUUUUAAUAUUGUACUUGCAAAUAUACAUAAGUAUAUAACUGUAAAAUAUAUAUACAAUAAUAAAUAAAUAACUUACCAAGUAGUUUUUGGUCACGCGAAAAAAAAACAUUAAAAACAAGUUCUUGUUUCAGAUGGCUUAUUAGAAAUCGACAAUUUUCUUAUUGUUUUAGUGUUGCAUGAAAAACUGAAAAAA